GUCGUAUCGGUUUCCGACUGCUUUCUUUCUCGCGGAGAUGGCUGGCGAAGGCGAGACCCAAAAUGCCGCGGUCUCCGACCCCCUCCUCUCCCCUCCGACCUCUUCUUUAGGCUUCCCCUUCGACGUGCCCUCUCUCCUUUCUCUGUCUCGCCGGGGCCAGUGGCGCGCCCUCCUCGACGCUGUCGCCGACGCCCGCCGCGACUCCCACCUUCUCCCGCACCAACACCUCGCCUGCCUUGCCCUCUCGUCCCUUGCCCUCUCCAAGCUCCGCCGCUUCUCCGAUGCCGCGGCCGAGAUCGAUGCUCUCGAUGCCUCGUUCGAUUCCCCUCGCUUCCGCUUCGAGACCUACCCCGCCGCCUACCCUGGCCGCUCCGGCUCCAUGAUCCCUUUCGCCCUCCGCUUCCUCCACGCCGACCUUCCCCAGCGCCUCGGCAGUCGAUCCGUCACCCUUGACCGCCUCUACGCCCUCCUCGACCUCGUCCAAUACAAGAUCCAGGAGGAGACCGUUGCCGCCCCCGCCGCCGAUCGGUGGCGCCGCAGGGAGGCCUUCGUGAUGGCCACCCUCUGCUGCAAUCACUUUGCUCACCGCGAGUUCGAGGUGGUCCUCGCGCUGAUCCGGCAGCUCCUCGAGCGGGAUCCGUCCGAUCCGCUGCUCCUCUCCCGGCUAGGGUACGUGCAGCUCCAGAUCGGUGAUCUGACCGGCGCUAAGGCAUCCUUUGCGAGGGUGGAGAGCCUUCACCCGGAAGGGGAGCGGACGGUGGAGUUGGAGAACCUUGUGGGGAGAAAUAGGGCGCUGGAGUUCAUUGUGGCCAAGGAUUACACUGCCGCGGUGAGGGAGUACGAGGAGUGCAUUGAGAGGGAUCCUGCUGACGUUGUAGCACUGAACAAUAAAGCCUUGUGCUUAUUGUACUCGAGGGACCUCUCCGAUUCGAUCAAGGUGCUUGAGGGGGCACUGGAGAGGGUGCCUACCGGGGCCUUGAAUGAGACUCUGGUCAUGAAUCUCUGCAGCAUGUAUGAGUUAGCAUAUGUCAACCAUGGGGACGUCAAGAAGAGUCUCAGCAAUUGGAUUGCUCAGGUCGCGCCUGAUGACUUUGACCCUUCUUGUACCCGCAUCUGACAUUAAGGUUGCUGAUACAUCAGUUAGAUUGGCUGAAAUCAAGUUCAACUAGCAUGCAGUUGACUGGAGUUGUGUUUUCGUUGAUGUUCCUCUGGUUUCUAGUCGCCAUUGAAGAUUAUAAUGCCAGUUGUAUCAUUAGCUGGUUGGAUUUCCACUCAUACUUGUGUGUUUAACAGUUAUGGACAAGUUCAAAAUGACUACAAGCAACAGGAUCCCGUAUGUACCAGAACACCUCAAGACGGUGCAUAAGAUGUCCCAACAUUUUGAUGGUGACAAAAAACCCAAAGUUUGAUUUCUCUUCUACUUAUUGUUUCAUUGUUCUUGUCAUACUUAAAAAGGUUCAAGCAAUUUAUGCUCUUUCUCAUUACUAUUAGUUUCAUGCUUUGAAACAAGAACAGGAAUACAGGUCUCAUGUAUUUGUGUGAACUCAAUGCAGUGACCUUGGUUUUUUACGUUUA